AUGAAACAACAAACCUCAUCCUCAAUUUCCCUAAACAGUUGAAUCGCAAACGACUGAGCUGUUUCUAGAAUACUUAUCAUGCGUGCCGCAGCCAUUCUCUCGGUCCUGGGCGGCCUCAUCGGCUCUACCUCCGCCAUCAUUAGCGGCAUCGCAGUGCCCUCUGAGAUUUGGCCAGGCCAAACCAUCCGCGUUACCAUAAUCACAUCGAACUACAUUCAAACCGUGCAGGAUGUAGCCAUUUCCUUCGGCAUCUCUCCGCAGAACAACUACCACGAGGGUUGGCUGGGUCAGUUCCUGUCGAGCAAGUUCCUCGGCCCAGAUGACUCGAAUAUCAUCGAGAACCGCUCUCACGUCAUUACCAUCCCGGAGUCUCAACCUAUAGGCCCGGCUGUUAUUGGCGCGACUUUGUUUUCGCUCUAUGGCGUAUCCACGGGUGGAGUUUUGACUCAGUUCACUGCCAACACCACCAUUGUUCCUUUGGAAGCUUGAAAGUGAGAAAGCGGGGAUGAAUACCAACGUGACGGUGACUGAUAAUGGAGCGGGGGGUGUAAUGAUGUGGGAUGCCUAAUGGUUAGCCGCCUUCAGAUCUUUCCAGCAGAGAAUGACAUACAUCUUCUAGUACUGCAGUAUGGAAGUUGCGAGAAGUUGAUUGAACUAUAAACAGGGUUAAGCAUUGAAAAGUGCUCACGUGCCUCCCAGGGUACGAUGUAUCCCGUACUUAGAGUUUUGAAGGCUGAGCUGCGGUCCGCUUGAACACUUACACGACAAACAAGCUUUCUGGUCAGUUUAGACGAUGAGCUGUUGCCACAUCAAGGAAGCCAUACCACCCC